CGUGUGCGCCCAAGUCCAAGGGCACCCGUCCUCCGCGGGCCCCAGGGUGGCGAGUUUGGGCCGAGCCCAGGGAGCGGGAGAAGGAGCGAGUCUGAUUCAGGAAGUCGAGCCUCUGACAUCAGGGGCAGGACGGAGUUGGAGUGAAACCUCAAAAAUGCGAGGCGUCGGCCAGCGGGAGGGCAGGGAACACAGAGGGCGCCUUUCUCGCAGCCGGAGGCAGGUACGCGCAGCGCGGGGCGGCCCCCGCUGACCCUCCACCUGGGCCUGGCCCGCGCGGGACCCGCAGGGGCUUCCAACGAGACACCAGCACCUCGCCCCUGCGCCCGAUCGCUGGUGCACGGGCAGCACCCGGCGGACCCCCGAGCGACCACGCCUGCAGGAAGCCCUCCAGUGGACUCAAGGAUUUCCCCCAUUUUGGAGAUGAAGAAGCUGGGGCCCAAAGCAACUGAAUGACCUUCCCGAGGACACAUACUGAUUAUUUACCAAAACUGUAAAAAAAAAAACAUCUACAUGCAACGUUAGGGAUACAGAUGUAAACGCCUACACACAGAAAGUGAAGGUUCAUUCUCCAGCAGCAUCAACUCUGUGCUACCCGCCCUCUGGACGGAGCCUGUGACCCGAAGUCUGAUGAACCUGAAAUAUUCCACACUGUGCAUUCCGCAGGGGUGCUAUCCGUGGCAUGCCCAAACCCAAAGCUGAUAGAGGAAUAAGUUACAAGUGGGCAAUUCUGCAACCUGUCACACCCAGGCCUUGCUGGUGAGCUGAGAGGCUCCUCUGGUCCCAUCUAGCCAAGCACCAUGGAGAAAAUCAGCGCCUUCUUUAGCACCAUCUGGGACACCAUCUCAGCCAAACACCAAGAGGGCCUCUUCAACAGCAUCUGUCUAGGCAUCCUCCUGGGGCUGCCCCUACUGGUGAUCAUCACCCUCCUCUUCAUCUGUUGCCACUGCUGCUGGAGCCAGGCAGGCAAAAGUGGCCAACAGCCAGAGCGAAACAAGGGGAAGAAGAAGAAGAAAAAGAAGAAGGCUGAAGAAGACCUCUGGAUCUCCGCUCAGCCCAAGCUUCUCCAGAUGGAAAAGAGGCCAUCACUGCCCGUCUAGUUAGACAGGAGGCAGAAGUGUCCUCCCCUGGGGGCUCAGCUGCCUUCCAACCACACACAGGGUAGGGAGGAGAAAUCCCUGAAGUGAUGCACUCACAUCCACAGAGGAGCUACUCAACCAAGGGGCAAACCUCAGACUGAGUAUCCCCACGGAGGGCAUUCCCGGGGGACACG